CACCCAUGCGUUGCGUGACGUCGCCGGUCACAUGGCGAGCGUCAGCUGUGUUGCAGGAAGUGAAGCAGUCAUGGCGACGCCUGUAGCGUUACUCUCUGAACCUGUGCUCGGAUGGUCUAUUUUCACUAUUGUUUUACUGGUCAUCUUGGCCUUCUGCUGGGUUUAUAUUCGGAAAUAUCAGAGCCGGCAGGAGAGCGAGGUUAUCUCCACCAUCACUGCGAUAUGCGCUCUGGCCAUUGCGCUCAUCACAUCAGCCCUUCUUCCUGUUGAUAUCUUCCUAGUGUCCUUCAUGAAGUACCCCAAUGGCACUUACAAGGAAUGGGCGGCAAACAAUGAGACCCGGCAGCAGAUCGAAAACACAGUUUUGUACGGCUACUACACUCUGUAUUCCAUCAUUCUGUUCUGCGUCUUCCUCUGGAUCCCCUUUGUGUAUUUCUACUACGAGGAGAAAGAUGAAGACAACAGCAACAAGUGCUUGCAAGUGAAAAAUGCACUGAAGUAUACAAUAGGAUUUGUGAUUGUGUGUUCAGUGCUGCUUUUGAUCGGGACAUUUGUUCCAUUGGAAUCUCCGCCAAACCGGAACUCCACUCAGUGGGAGAAGGUGCAGUAUCUAUUCGAGGAACUGGGCAGCAGCCAUGGCCUGGCCGCCCUGUCGUUCUCCAUCAGCUCGCUCACCUUGAUUGGCAUGCUGGCAGUGAUCACAUACACGGCGUACGGGAUGUCCGUCCUGCCGCUGAACCUGAUUAGAGGCACGCGCAGCAUCCUGUAUGAGCGGCUGGAGAACACUGAAGACACGGAGGAGGUGGAGCACCAGAUAGACAAGCUCAAAGCCAAGUGUGCCGAUGGGCGUCCUCUCUCUAUGAGAGACCGGAGGAACCUCCAGGAUCUUGAAGACAAGUUUCAGGUGCUCCGUCGACAGGGCCGUCACCUUGAGAUUGCAGAGAGGAACUGCUGCAAUAAAGUGGGCUCAGCUCUCCGUCCCAUGAAGAUCUUGCUCGGGGUCUUCUUCAUCCUGGUGGCUCUUUUGUUCUUCGUGACCUUGUUUAUUUCUAAUCUGGAUAAAGCUUUACAUUCAGCUGGUAUCAGCACUGGAUUUAUCAUCUUUGGGACCAACCUAACCAACCCUCUUAAUGAGCUACUGCUGGCGCUGCAACCGGUUUUCCCGCUGGACUAUGUUCUCAUCACAAUCAUCACCAUGUACUUUGUCUUCACCUCCAUGGCUGGGAUCCGUAACAUGGGGAUUUGGUUCUUCUGGAUAAGGCUGUAUAAGAUCAGGCCUCAGAGAACCCGACCGCAGGCCCUCCUCUUCCUCUGCAUGAUCCUCCUCCUCAUCAUCCUCCACACCAGCUACAUGAUCUACAGUCUGGCCCCGCAAUACGUCAUGUACGGCAGCCAGAAAUACCUGUUGCAGACCACGCUGCCCACAGCAGACCCAUCACAGGACAAUCACACCGCUGCCAUCACUAAGAUAUGUGACGCAGACGCUCCUGAAGACCAGUGCACAGUAACAAGAUCAUACCUGUUCCUGCACAAAUUUUGGUUCUUCAGCACCAUCUACUAUUUUGGCAACUGGGCUUUCCUUGUGGUCUUUCUUAUUGGUUUGGUUGUUUCAUGCUGUAAAGGGAAGAAAUCUGUGAUCGAAGGGGAAGUUGAUGCAGACGAUUCAGAUGUCAGUGAUGAUGAAUAUGUGCGUUAACUUUGUACUAAAAGUCCUGUUUUUACUUGGUUUGAUUACUAGUCAGAGCUGGAAUGGAAAAAAAACUGUAAAAUAGUUUUUCACACAACACAUCUUUCGUUCAUCAUUCAGAGAAAGAAACAUAGUUGUUCUAUAAGAUUCGACUGAAUGUGUUAUGAUGCCAAAUAGGUUCAGUGUCACUAGGCAUUAUCAUGUCUAACUGAUAGUAGGAGUCUGAUAUGCUAACCUGUCUUUACUACUGACCCUUACUUCUAAUGAAGGGUGUGUAUGCAUGUCAUUUUGCAUUGCAGUAUAAAAUAAAUCAACAAAAAAGUUUUUCUCUCUAAACAUGACCAAAUUUAGUUUGAAAUAAGUUUAAAAGGUUCGAAUAUUUUUGUUAAUACGAAUAAAAAGUUUGAGAUCCUUCUGCUGAUUUAUUUAUUAUUUCUUUUUUUGUUAAGCCAUGCAUAUCUGUAAUUUUUGUCUAGGCAUAAUGCUCCAGUGUUUCUGAUGCGUGUUACUUUAAUCUCUGAGGUUGAAUUGCUAUCAUACUGCUUGUGGACAUUAGUUGAUUUAUUUCACAUAAGUUUUUAUUUUGGAAUUAUUGGACUGAACUUGCACAUUUCUAGAGAUGAUGAUUAAAAUUGUGGAAAAAAUGUAUUUAUCAUACAGUAUUGGCCUGUUUCCUGAAAUUAACAUUUCUUUUGCAAGAUGCUUCUGUUAUAAUGCAGUUUUGAGUCAUUAAUAAAGCCUACAACAGUAUAUCUG